AUGGAUUGGUUAGAUUAUUUUACACCGAUAAAUUUUACACAAACAACCCUAUCGAUCGACAAUAACUAUCAUGAAAACUAUCGUUUAUUAAGAGAUGAUGAAAAUGAUGAACAACUUAAUAAAGCUAAAUGGACACAUAAUAUAAGUCAACAGAUAAAAAAAGAAUAUUCGAGUGAAUUUGGUCAUACAUUUCAAGUUGAUACAGAUAAACAACGUUUCUUUGUUGUUCAUGAACCAUUUAUAAAUGAAGUAAAACUAAAAUCUAUGCCUUUGCUUAUAUUUUAUCAUGGUCUUAAUUCAGCUGCUUGGUAUUGUGCACUUGUUAAAACUAAUUGGAUACAAUUAUCUGUUAAAUAUAAUUUUUUAGUUGUUUUUGGUCAAGGACAAGGUACUUUCUAUGAAGAUGGGCCUGUACGUGAUCAAUAUGGUUCACUCGGUUUUGGCGAUUUAUAUUGGGAAAUAGAAGAACCUAAAGAUGAUUUUAAUUAUCUUGAUUUUUUAUUGAACUAUAUGAAAAAUAAAUAUAAUGAUCAAUUGGAUUUAAAUCGUAUCUAUUUUAUGGGUUAUUCAAAUGGUGCUUUAUUUAGUUCAAAUGUUGCUGUACAUUAUGGUGGUUCAACAUUUGCUGCUCUUUGUAAUCAUUGUGGUGGUUUCGGUGGUCGUUAUAAUGAAGAGAAAAUGUUACAACCUCGGGAUAUUAUCACUCCAUUACCAAUAUAUAUUUUAACAGGUGAUAAUGAUGCUUAUAAAGAAAGUUGUCUCAAAGCAAAGAAUUUAUUUGAAUUAGCUCAUUGUUCAGUAAGUAUCGAUAUAAUGGAAAAUAGAGGACAUUCUUAUUAUAAAGAUAAGGAAGAAUUUAUUUGGACUCAAUUCUUUCUUAAACACAAACAUUUGACAGAAUAA